AUGUAUCGUGAAUCGAUGGCAAACGGCUUCGCCGCCACGAUUCUCUUCCUGAUAUUCCUGUUUCUCUUGGCCAGGCAUAUUCGAAAGUUGCGAACAGUGGAGGAUGAAUUGCCUACUGUGAAUCCAUCAGCUGGAUUACCUCCGCCGUAUACGAUGCCACCACCGCCUAGCUAUUCGAUUUCCUGGGAACAAAGUGCACUUUUACAACGAUUUUAG